GAAGAAGACGACGACGACGACGACGAAACAGCUAGGUUGCUUGCGGCUUUCAAUCGUCGACUUUCUGCAUCUGUUUUCGUGGAAAACGAAGCCAGUGGCAGGUCCAAGGUCCACGAGUUGUUUUUUUUGCCUGGAGCUGCGUGGAUCACCUGAGAGGGUGCAGCGGUGAUUUGAGGAAACGCCCAGAGCGUUUCUCCACAGCUCGCCAUCAUGUCUCAGAAUUACCCGUACAGAAAGCCGCCGCCUGACACCGACCUCAGAACUGAUCCCGGGCCUUACAGAUCUGUGGACUACCGCCACUCCUCAGCGGACCGUGACUUUUACAGGCAGCCACAAGACUCCUUCUCUGUCUCCUCCUCCUGCCCGUCCUCGUCCAGGGGCUCUGGAGUGCUGCAGUCAUCGCAGGACAAUGUUCUGAGCAUCCUGAGCAGCUGCGGUCUGGAGCCCAGUGAUCUGGCGCUGCUAGCUGAGCUGCCCGAAGACGUCCUCACUAUUGAGUCUCUGCCACACAUCCUCAGACAGAUCAAAUGCAAGAAAGGGACCGUCAAACCUUUCCCUCCCCGGGCUCCGUCUCCCUCCUCCUCUUCCUCCUACCCUCCCAGCUCCUCCUCCUCUAGAGACUGGGACCAGCUCCAUCGCACGUCGGUCCAGUACCCGCUGGACCACCUGCCACCACCACCUCCUCCCUCGGAGCAGCUCAUGGAUCGCUGGAAUAAUCCGAUUACCGUGAGCUCCGGCCGAGCAGAGCUGCCACCAUCGUCAUCCUUAUCAUCGUCGUCGUUGGGGUACACGGUGGACUUCCACCGCAGGCAGGGCCCCUCUGAUUAUGGUAAGGCUGGUCCAGUUCCUUCUUACAGCCCGGCGAGGCGAGGAGAUAGAGCGCCGUCAUCUCGAUUCUCUGAGGCUGGACCAGCUGAUUACAGGUCAUCAGCGCUGGUGACGGCUUCUCCUCUUCCUAGCGAGCACCAGUCCAAACCUCUGGCAAGCCGCCGUGACACGUCCUCCACGAGGAGCAGUCAGUCCUCGCCCUCAAUGCCUACACGGAAAGAAGCUCUGGAUUUCCACGGGAAGGUCCCGCCGUCGUUCCCGUACUCGUGCUCGCUGUGUGAUAUCACUGUACUGUCGCAGAAGGUUUGGAUUCAGCACGUGACCGGCAGGCACCAUGCAGAUGGACAGCUCAGCCUCCUGCAGCAGUUUCCUAACUGGGACUGCCGCAUGCAGACGGUCCGAAGGGACGAUAAAUCUGAGAAGAAGAAAGAUGGAGGAAAAGGCGCCCCGGCAGCUAGUCAAACAUCGCAGUCGAAUAGCAAGUGGAAGCAGAAGAAGGUAAAGAAGAAUUUGGAGAAAGGGAAGGUAGUGUGCAUCAAGUUUCCGUCUCAGUCUGUCGAUGAGAAAUACCUCAGGAAGCUUGCAGAACCGUUCGGGAAGAUCAUCAAGGUCAUCAUGUUUCCGUCUCUGGGCUUCGUGGAGAUGGGCUCGGUUGAUCAGGCCAAAGACUUGGUGAAGUUUCACAGCAAUUAUCCUCCAACUGUGAACGGAGAGCAGCUCGUGUUCAGCGUCUCCAGCGCCUUCAACUUUCUCCAGAGCUCCCGGGUGGUGAGUUUCACGCCCGCUCCGUCGGGAGAAGACGGAAAAUCCGACCUGAUCAAUAUCAUCAAACGCUUCGGCCCGCCGCUCUACACCCUGUUCCUGCCGUCAAUGGUGUUCGUUGAGAUGAAGAACGCCCCUGAUGCUCAGAAGCUGGUGGAUUAUUAUCUGUCCAACACUCUGAGGAUCAACAGUGACUUGAUUUGUGUCUCCUUCUCUGGAGAGUACAAGACUCUCAUGCGGGUUUCAAAAGCCAAGAGGUACGAAGAAGAAAACGAAAGUACAAAGAAGAGUACCACCAAGAGGACAAGGAGCUCAAGCCGAGACAGAACGACAGAAAAUAAGAAAAGAAGGUCCAGAUCCAGAGACAAGGCCAGAAAAGAGGAACGGACCAGAACAAGGUCCAGGUCCAGGGAUAAAUCUAAAGAAAAAUCCAGCAGAGAUGCCAAAACUAGAUCUAGGUCCAAAGACAAGUUGGAUAGAAAAAGGAAGAGCAGAACCCGGUCCAGGUCCAGAGAUAAGUCCACUAGUGAGAAGCGGACCAGGACCAGGUCUAAGUCAGGGUCCAGAGAAAAAACAAAAGAAAAAUCCAACAAGGAAAGCAAGAAAGGGUCCCAAGCGAAGAAGCCAGACGAAUCGAGAGAAAAAUCCAACAGAGACCAGAAGACCAGGUCCGCAUCCAGAGACAAGUCCAGCAGAGAGACAAAAACCAAGUCUACAACCCAAGAAAAGUCAAGCAAAGAAAGAAAAAGCAGGAGCAAAUCUAGAUCCGUGGAAAAAUCCAGCAGAGAUAAGAAAUCCAGGUCUAGAGAGAGAUCCAGCAACAAGUCCUCCAGACGGGACGGAGAAAAGACGGCAGAACCAGAGAAACCAGAUGCAGAGUCCACAUCCAAAGGACGACCGUCUCCUCUCGAAGACUCCAAACCUGAAGUUUCAAACACAGAAGAAGUGGAGGGGGAGGCAGCGUUGCCUGGAGAGGAGAGCGACAUCGAGGGGAUGGAGGUGAUUGCUGAGGAUGGAGAGAAUCUGGCAGAUGACGAUGAGGAGGCUCUGCAAGAGGAAGAGAAAAAAGAGAGUCCUAAAGAGAGAGCACCUGAAAAAGAUGAAGUAAAGGAGGUGAUAGGUGGAGAGCCUGGCAAUGAGGAGAAACCUGCGUCGGAGAAGGAGAUAAAGAAGGAAGAGAAGGAGGAAGUAGAGGAGUCAAAGGAAGCAACAGAGACUCCUCUACAGGAGGAUUUGGAGGACUUCCCUGUAGACCUGGAAAACUGCAUCACUCUGGAUGAACUGGAAGAAGAUGACUCUGACGACCAAGGUGGAGAAUCAGCAGAUGAGCCCAAGUCAACAUCGAAAUCCAGCAGGGUUUUUUACUUCGGCCACCUGCCACCUAAUUACGCCCUCUUUGACUUCUUCCAACUGCUGCGAAAUUUUGGGAAGGUGGUGCGCUAUUACCUGAUUGGCAAUCGACGAGAGGGUUUCAUUGAGAUGUCGAGUUCUUCAGCGGCCCUGAAAGCUGUUGAAGAGCUCGUCAGCAAACCAGCCAUCCACAACUGCCCCAAACUCAAAGCCCGCAUCUCCACCAAAUACUACAGACUUGACAACGGAUGGGUUGUUCACUCGGACGGCAGCAAUGACAAGGACAGUCGAGGCAGGAAGCGCGAGAAACGAAGCAAAUCCAAGACCUCAGACCAGGACGAGACCGACAGGAGGUCUAAAGGGAGGAAGGAGUCCCCGAAGAAGACAUCAGAGAAAUCAGGCAAAAAGACUCCAGAAAAAGAUUCUGGGUCAAAAAAGCCUCCAGAGAAAGACUCAUCAGGGAAAAAGACCCCAAAGAAAGAGUCCACAUCCAAAACGUCUCCAGAAAAGGAUGCCAAAAACAUCUUGGAAACGAAAUCCACUGGGAAAAAGACUCCACCGAAAGAUUUGCCAUCUAAAAAAACUUCAGGUAAGGAUUCUACAACAAAAAAGACUCCAGCGAAAAAGCCCGCAUCCAGAAAGACUCUGGAAAACAAGUCUACAUUCAGAGAAACUUCAGAAGAAGAGUCCAAAAAGUCUCCAAAGAGGGAAUCGUUGGACAAAGAGCCUCCAGAAAAGGUCCUUAAAAACGGCCCGGAGAAGGAAUCCGCAGGGAGAAAGACUCCUGAGAAAGGGUCAUCGUGUGCAGAGAUUCCAGACAGCGAGACGCUGGAACCAAAAGGAGCUCCUGACAAUAAUUCAGUGCCUCAGACAACUGUGAAGAAAGAACUAAAGAAAGAAAAUACUCAACAAAAUGAGGAACCAGCAGCUGAUAAAGCGCCAUCUGAAAAAGAUUAUAUCAAAAAGGAAACACCACGCACAUUCAAGCAGGAGGAGGAGGAAACACCAAUAGACGUUUGUAUGGAAGCAGGACCAAAUGUGAAAGAUGCAGAGAGUCCAGAUCCACCAGUCUCCUCUACAGAGCCCUCAAAACCACCACCUGAACAGGAGGCGAAGCCCCAGUUUGAACCUGCAGAGGGCGCUGCUGAACCUCAGAAACCCACCAAACCUGUUGGGACGGAGUUCGUGCGACCGGUCGUCGGUUAUUUCUGUAACCUGUGUCAGCAGAUCUUCGCUGAAGAGGAUGAAGCCAAACAGCAGCACUGCAGCAGCCUGUCGCAUUACAGCAAAUACCAGGAGAAGACUGGGAGGGAUCCGUGGACGAGCUGAACAUCUGCAGAGACAUUGGUUACCUUCAGAUUUUAUUAAUUGACUUUAUCAGAGCUGAAACGGGACUGAGAUCCUAAACAUGAUUUGAUUUCUGUCUGUUCUCCACUGGACUUUGAGUUUCUGUACAAAGAUUUUUUUUUUUAAAGGCUUCUGCUGAAAAAUUCAAAAAUGUAUAAAUAUUUAAGUUUUAUGUCAUGCAGAACAGCAACUGUAUGUUUGAGAAAGAGUGAGAUGUGACUGUAAAAAGCCACUUGCUUACAUUUCUGUUAAGCUCCAGGCUCUCUCCUACUCACGUGCUCUAGUCCUAAAAGGUGUUGAUUGGUCAACCCAGAAGAUUUAGAAACAAACACCAGGUUCAGAUGCUGUCAGAUUAAGAAAAAUGUCUUAAGGAUGCUGUAAUGUCAGAAUAUUAACUGCUCCCUGGGCUCUAAUCAGUUUUUGUCUAAUUGUACUCAUGCCGCACCUUCACAGAAGCUAUGUAAUUUAAGAAUCUGUGGUGUUGUCAAAUAAAUAAUCUCACAUGAA